GGAAGGCGGCGAGGGCUCCGUGGCGCCGCCGCCGCCGCUCGCGGGGAAGAGAUGGCGGCGGAGCGGGGAGCCCGGCGACUCCUCGGCACCUCCUCCUCCUGGCUCUGCUGCCUGCUGCUGCUGCUGCUGCUGCUCGGGCGCCGAGUGCCGGGCGCCGCCGCCAGGAGCGGGGCACCGCCGCCGUCCCCAGGAGCCAGCAUUCGAACAUUCACUCCAUUUUAUUUUCUGGUGGAACCAGUGGAUACACUCUCAGUUAGAGGCUUUUCUGUUAUAUUAAACUGUUCGGCGUAUUCUGAGCCUUCUCCAAAAAUUGAAUGGAAAAAAGAUGGAACUUUUUUAAAUUUAGUGUCUGAUGAUCGACGCCAACUUCUCUCAGAUGGAUCUUUAUUUAUCAGCAAUGUGGUACAUUCCAAACACAAUAAACCUGAUGAAGGUUAUUACCAGUGUGUGGCCACUGUUGAGAGUCUUGGAACUAUUGUCAGCAGAACAGCCAAGCUCACAGUAGCAGGUCUGCCAAGAUUUGCCAGCCAACCAGAACCUUCUUCAGUUUAUGCUGGGAACAGUGCAAUUCUAAAUUGUGAAGUUAAUACAGACUUGGUCCCAUUUGUGAGGUGGGAACAGAAUAGACAACCUCUUCUUCUGGAUGACAGAGUCAUCAAACUUCCAAGUGGAACACUGGUUAUCAGCAACGUUACUGAAGGAGAUGAGGGACUUUAUCGCUGCAUAGUUGAAAGUGGUGGACCACCAAAGUAUAGUGAUGAGGCUGAAUUAAAAGUUCUUCCAGAUCCUGAAGUUACAUUAAAUUUGGUAUUUGUGAAACAGCCUUCUUCCUUAGUCAGAGUCGUUGGUCAGAGUGCAGUUUUGCCUUGUGUUGCUUCGGGAUUUCCUGCUCCAACCAUUAGGUGGAUGAAAAAUGAGGAGGCACUUGACACAGAAAGCUCUGAGCGAUUGGUAUUGCUGGCAGGUGAUAAUCUGGAGAUCAGUGAUAUCACUGAGGAUGAUGCUGGGACUUAUUUUUGUGUUGCUGAUAAUGGAAAUGAGACAAUUGAAGCUCAGGCAGAGCUUACAGUACAAGUGCAACCUGAAUUCCUGAAGCAACCUACUAAUAUAUAUGCUCACGAAUCCAUGGAUAUUGUAUUUGAAUGUGAAGUGACUGGGAAACCAACUCCAACUGUGAAGUGGGUCAAGAAUGGGGAUAUGGUUAUCCCAAGUGAUUACUUUAAGAUUGUAAAGGAACAUAAUCUUCAAGUUUUGGGUCUGGUGAAAUCAGAUGAAGGGUUCUAUCAGUGCAUUGCUGAGAAUGAUGUUGGAAAUGCACAAGCUGGAGCCCAACUGAUAAUUCUUGAACAUGCACCAGCCACAACUGGACCACUGCCUUCAGCUCCUCGGGAUGUCGUGGCCUCCCUGGUCUCUACCCGCUUCAUCAAAUUGACUUGGCGGACACCUGCAUCAGAUCCUCAUGGGGACAACUUAACCUACUCUGUCUUCUACACCAAGGAGGGCGCUGCUAGGGAACGUGUUGAAAAUACCAGUCGCCCAGGAGAAAUGCAGGUAACCAUUCAAAACCUAAUGCCAGCAACUGUGUACAUCUUCAGAGUUAUGGCUCAUAACAAGCAUGGCUCAGGAGAGAGUUCAGCUCCACUUCGAGUUGAAACCCAGCCUGAGGUUCAGCUUCCUGGCCCAGCACCUAACAUCCGAGCAUAUGCAGUUUCACCUACUUCCAUCACCAUCACAUGGGAAACACCACUGUCUGGCAAUGGAGAAAUUCAGAAUUACAAAUUAUACUACAUGGAAAAAGGGACUGAUAAAGAACAGGAUGUUGAUGUUUCAAGUCUCUCCCACACCAUUAAUGGGUUGAAAAAAUAUACAGAGUAUAAUUUUCGAGUGGUUGCCUACAAUAAACAUGGUCCUGGGGUCUCCACACAAGAUGUGGCUGUUCGAACAUUGUCAGAUGUUCCCAGUGCUGCUCCUCAGAAUCUGUCCUUAGAAGUAAGAAAUUCAAAGAGUAUUAUGAUUCACUGGCAGCCACCUUCUCCAGCCACACAAAAUGGACAAAUCACUGGCUACAAGGUUCGCUAUCGGAAGGCCUCCCGAAAGAGUGACGUCACUGAGACUGUGGUAGCUGGAACCCAGCUGUCUCAGCUGGUGGAAGGUCUUGAUCGGGGGACUGAAUAUAAUUUCCGAGUGGCUGCUCUAACCAUCAAUGGUACAGGCCCAGCUACUGACUGGCUAUCUGCUGAAACUUUUGAGAGUGACUUAGAUGAAACCCGUGUUCCUGAAGUGCCUAGUUCUCUUCACGUUCGCCCACUGGUUACUAGCAUUGUAGUAAGCUGGACUCCUCCAGAGAAUCAAAACAUUGUGGUCAGAGGUUAUGCCAUUGGUUAUGGCAUUGGCAGCCCUCAUGCCCAGACCAUCAAAGUGGACUAUAAACAGCGCUAUUACACCAUAGAAAAUCUGGAUCCCAGCUCUCACUAUGUGAUCACCCUGAAAGCGUUUAACAAUGUGGGUGAAGGCAUUCCCCUGUAUGAGAGUGCUGUGACCAGGCCUCACACAGACACUUCUGAAGUUGAUUUAUUUGUUAUUAAUGCUCCAUACACUCCAGUGCCAGAUCCCACUCCCAUGAUGCCACCUGUGGGAGUUCAGGCUUCCAUUCUGAGUCAUGACACCAUAAGGAUCACAUGGGCGGACAACUCACUGCCCAAGCACCAGAAGAUUACAGACUCCCGGUAUUACACAGUCCGAUGGAAAACCAACAUCCCAGCAAACACCAAGUACAAGAAUGCAAAUGCAACAACUUUGAGUUACUUGGUGACUGGUUUAAAGGCAAAUACACUCUAUGAGUUCUCUGUGAUGGUGACCAAGGGUCGAAGAUCAAGCACGUGGAGUAUGACAGCCCAUGGGACCACCUUUGAGUUUGUUCCUGCUUCUCCACCUAAGGAUGUGACAGUUGUGAGUAAAGAGGGAAAACCUAGGACCAUAAUUGUAAAUUGGCAGCCUCCCUCUGAAGCCAAUGGCAAAAUUACAGGUUACAUCAUAUAUUACAGUACGGAUGUGAAUGCAGAGAUACAUGACUGGGUCAUUGAACCUGUUGUGGGAAACAGGCUGACUCAUCAGAUUCAAGAGUUAACACUCGACACACCAUACUACUUCAAAAUCCAAGCCCGGAACUCGAAGGGCAUGGGGCCCAUGUCUGAAGCAGUCCAAUUCAGAACACCUAAAGCCUCAGGGUCUUCAGGAAAAGGAAGUCGGCUGCCAGACUUAGGAUCUGACUACAAACCUCCAAUGAGCGGCAGUAACAGCCCUCAUGGAAGCCCCACCUCUCCUCUAGACAGCAACAUGCUCCUGGUCAUCAUCGUUUCUGUUGGCGUCAUCACCAUCGUCGUGGUGGUGAUCAUUGCUGUCUUUUGCACAAGGCGCACCACCUCACACCAGAAAAAGAAACGAGCUGCUUGCAAAUCUGUGAAUGGCUCCCACAAGUACAAAGGGAACUCGAAAGAUGUCAAACCCCCAGACCUUUGGAUCCAUCAUGAGAGACUGGAGCUGAAACCCAUCGAUAAAUCUCCAGACCCAAACCCCAUCAUGACUGAUACUCCAAUUCCUCGUAACUCUCAAGAUAUCACACCAGUUGACAAUUCCAUGGACAGCAAUAUACAUCAAAGACGGAAUUCAUACAGAGGGCAUGAAUCAGAGGACAGCAUGUCUACGCUGGCUGGAAGACGGGGGAUGAGACCAAAAAUGAUGAUGCCCUUUGACUCCCAGCCACCCCAGCCUGUGAUUAGUGCCCAUCCCAUCCAUUCCCUCGAUAACCCUCACCAUCAUUUCCACUCCAGCAGCCUCGCUUCUCCAGCUCGCAGUCAUCUCUACCACCCGGGCAGCCCAUGGCCCGUUGGCACAUCCAUGUCCCUUUCAGACAGGGCCAAUUCCACAGAAUCUGUUCGAAAUACCCCCAGCACUGACACCAUGCCGGCCUCCUCGUCUCAGACGUGCUGUACUGAUCACCAAGAUCCUGAAGGUGCUACCAGCUCUUCUUACUUGGCCAGCUCCCAAGAGGAAGAUUCAGGCCAGAGUCUUCCUACAGCACAUGUUCGCCCUUCCCACCCAUUGAAAAGCUUUGCCGUGCCAGCCAUCCCACCCCCCGGACCUCCCACCUAUGAUCCUGCAUUGCCAAGCACACCUUUACUAUCCCAGCAAGCUCUCAACCAUCACAUUCACUCGGUGAAGACGGCCUCCAUUGGGACUUUAGGAAGGAGCCGGCCUCCUAUGCCAGUGGUGGUUCCCAGUGCCCCUGAAGUGCAGGAGACCACACGAAUGCUGGAAGACUCCGAGAGUAGCUAUGAACCAGAUGAGCUGACCAAAGAGAUGGCCCACCUGGAAGGACUAAUGAAGGACCUAAACGCCAUCACAACAGCAUGACGCCCUUCA